CUUAAUCCUCUCUCUCUCUCCCUCCCUUCUGUUUGAGCGAGUGAGAGAGCGAGCAACUGCAAUGGAGACGGCGAUUAACUUCCGUAACUUUUCCUGCUCAGUGAACACCAUCAAUCGUUGCCCUUAUUCUCUAAGAAGUGUGUCUUCCUCUGCGUCGCGCCCUCAGCUACUCACGAAGCAAUUAUUUGGCCUGCACUUAUCUUCAUCCUCUGUCAACAAGAACGCAGUUCUUAAACGUCGUUCAGGGCAACCAAUUCACACUCCGAUUGUUUGCUCCGUUUCUCAGGUCACUGAGGCCGCGAAUGAGAAGAAGAGCCAGCUGAAGAGAAGAAGUGACAUAAGGAAUAUAGCGAUUGUAGCUCAUGUUGAUCACGGGAAGACUACUUUGGUCGAUGCGAUGUUGAAACAAGCUAACGUAUUUCGUGCUAAUCAAUUUGUGCAGGAGAGAAUAAUGGAUUCAAACGAUUUGGAACGUGAAAGAGGCAUUACCAUUCUGAGUAAGAACACAUCCAUUACUUAUAAGGAUGCUAAAAUUAAUAUCAUUGAUACUCCUGGGCACUCUGACUUUGGAGGAGAAGUGGAACGAAUCCUCAAUAUGGUGGAAGGAGUUCUUCUAGUGGUAGAUUCUGUUGAAGGUCCAAUGCCUCAGACAAGAUUUGUAUUAAAGAAGGCUUUAGAGUUUGGCCACGCUGUUGUGGUUGUUGUGAAUAAGAUUGACAGACCUUCUGCUCGUCCAGAUUAUGUUAUUAAUUCCACCUUUGAGCUAUUUAUUGAGCUAAAUGCAACUGAUGAACAGUGUGAUUUUCAAGCAAUUUAUGCAAGUGGUAUUCAAGGAAAGGCAGGAUUGUCUCCUGAAAACUUGGCAGAUGACCUUGGACCGCUUUUUGAGGCUAUCAUGAGAUGCAUACCUGGACCGCGUAUUGAGGAUGGUGCAUCACAAAUGCUUGUUACCAGUACUGAGUACGAUGAACAUAAGGGGAAAAUUGCUAUUGGACGCUUGCAUGCAGGGGUUCUGCAGAGAGGAAUGGAUGUGAGGGUAUGCACCUCAGAAGACUCAUGUAGAUUUGCGAGAAUAAGUGAACUUUUUGUGUAUGAGAAAUUCAGCAGAGUUCCUACAGAAACUGUGGAAGCUGGGGACAUAUGUGCUGUCUGUGGAAUUAAUGAUAUUCAGAUUGGGGAGACAAUUGCUGAUAAAAUAUCUGGGAAGCCAUUACCUGCCAUUAAGGUGGAGGAACCCACUGUAAAAAUGGCAUUUGCCAUAAACACUUCACCGUUUGUUGGCCGUGAGGGAAAGUAUGUCACCAGCAGGAACUUACGAGAUCGACUAUAUCGUGAGAUUGAGAGAAAUUUGGCUAUGCGUGUUGAAGAUGGUGAAUCUGCAGACACAUUCGUUGUUAGUGGGCGUGGAACUUUACAUCUCACCAUAUUGAUCGAAAACAUGAGGAGGGAAAGAUAUGAAUUUAUGGUGGGACCCCCAAAGGUUAUUAACAAAAAGGUGGAUGACAAAUUGCUGGAACCAUAUGAGAUUGCCACUGUGGAGGUACCGGAGGAACACAUGGGGUCUGUGGUCGAACUUCUUGGCAAAAGGCGGGGGCAGAUGAUUGAUAUGCGUGUAGGGUCAGAAGGAACAACACUGCUUAGAUAUAAGAUUCCAACCCGCGGGCUUCUUGGACUGCGCAAUGCCAUUUUAACAGCCUCUCGAGGAACAGCUCUUCUUAACACAAUUUUCGAUAGCUAUGGUCCUUGGGCUGGUGAUAUGACAACCAGAGAUCACGGUUCAUUGGUUGCCUUUGAAAAUGGAACAUCAACAUCUUAUGCCCUAUUUAGUUCUCAGGAGAGAGGACAGAUGUUUAUUGGUCCUGGAGUGGAGGUUUACAAAGGUCAAAUAGUUGGCAUACAUCAGCGGCCUGGGGACUUAUCACUCAAUGUAUGCAAGAAAAAAGCUGCAACAAAUGUACGGUCAAACAAAGAACAAACAGUGGUUCUUGAUACACCAUUGGAUUAUAGUUUGGAUGAUUGCAUCGAGUAUAUUCAAGAAGAUGAAUUGGUUGAGGUCACUCCGUCCUGUAUAAGAAUGUGCAAAAAUCCUAAAGUUGCAAAGAAGACAAGGUAACACUGUACAUCCAUGCCAUGCAAAUAUGCAAUAGCCAGCCAAGGAUCCUUGAAAACUUGAUAUCAGAGCAAUUCAACCUUGAUACCUCAGCUGUUGAAGUCUCCUGGUCCUUCCUCCGAUUCGCAGCUGACGUAUUUUAUAAAUGUUUCCCCUAUGCAAUCUCUGAAGCUCCCUUUUCAUUAACAAAUACAAUUUUGAAUGUCUGAUAUAUAAAUGUAUAUGGAUUGUUUCCUACAGAAGAUUAUAUAAAGCAAAUGAAACAUUUUAUGGAGAUAGCAAUUUGUACAGCCACUAAAUGGCUGCAAAAUAAAUUUUGAUGAGAUGUAACAUUGGAAUAA